AAGGUUCCGUAACUUCUGAACGCCACUGUACCCAUUUAACUCCUGCCAUUGGACCGUCAUCGUUCUAACGUCACAUUCAUUGCCCAAGCACGAGGAACUGUUACUCACUGAUUUCAAGCAGAGUAUAUAUGAGACGCUCGCAGUGAGCUUCACAUUAGUUUUGAACAUUUUCACAACAGUGAAGAAACCAAAGUAAAUUGUAUUUGGAGGUAUUUGGUGUGAGCGCCGUUGGAAAAUUUACAUGAGAGCAAAUAUUCAAUUUGAUUACCAAACAAGACACUUGACUUCGCAAUUUAAAGAACAUUCUUACCGAGUGAAGACAAUAAAAGAAUAGGGAUAUUGAAGGCCAAGGGUUUGUACCUUGUUUUGGACAAGACCACAUCUGCAGCAAGUGAUGGCGAGCCAACUUCGUUUACUUCACAUAUUGACAACUGGACUGUGUCUGAUCUCUUCUCCUGUGUUCCUCGGGCAGUUUCAGUACUCAGUGUCUGGAAAUAUUAUCAAAAGACAAGCGAGUCAGGAUGAGUGGACCGUAAAAUGCAAAGUGCACGAGGGCAAGGUGUCGUGUGGUACAGAAAUGAGCACAGAGGACCUCAGUUUUCUAUGUCCAUGUGACAGUGAGCUGAAAUCUCUGGCAGCUGAAGUGGCAGUGCUUCAGGAACAGGUGUCUAAACUGAUGGCACCAACCGAGGGAGGCGGAGAAGUCGAACCCCAGAAGCUCGAGGACAAAACUAAUGGCAGCUCAGAUGAGUCUGGAGAUACAGCUGGUAACGGAGAGACAUCUAUCGACCCUGGCCCUAACACUAUGGAAGUCAUGGGACCCAAGGUGGGGCUCAAGGAGAGGUGUUCUAAUACGUCCGAGUGUCAAUCUGGACUCGUUUGUGAUUCCGCCAUGCGUGAAUGCAGGAGAGGCGCUAACGGACAGUGCUCCACCAAUCAUGACUGCGUAUCAGACACCACGUGCGAUAUUGAGUCACGUGAAUGUCGCUAUGGACUGGGGUCGUCCUGUUCGUUGACGCUUGAGCAGUGUAUAUCUCACGCGGCGUGUGACACUGUCACGGGCACUUGCAAGGGACACCUGGGCAGUCACUGUAACGUGGACGCUAACUGCGCAAACGGCUUGCUGUGCGACAGCGCGUCCGCCACCUGCAAGCAGAAACCAGGAGGGCACUGCAAGGAUGAAAUGGAGUGUGUCAGCGGGGGCUCCUGUGAGGAGAACGUCUGCAAAAUGAAGUUUAACAAUCGGUGUGAGACACUCAGCGACUGCCAGGUGGGGUACGUGUGUGACCGGGAGGUGCACCUCUGCAAGUACGGUGUCGGCCACCAGUGUUUCACGGGUCAGCAGUCUGUCUGCGAACAUCGCGCCAUCUGCGAUUCCUACUCCAACAGAUGUCUGGUCCCCCUCGGCUACCGCUGUAUCAGCUCAGAGGAGUGUAUGCACGACAGCGUCUGCGACAAGGAGACCAGCCUCUGCAGUGUGCCUAUUGGCGGCUCCUGUAGGGGCACCACCACGGCCAACAAUGUUUGCGUCACGGGUAGUGAGUGUGACGUCACAAGUCAGAUCUGCCGGACUGUCCCCGGGGUUCAGUGUAUGUCCACAAGCGACUGUAAGGCUGAGUACAUUUGCGACACGGCACGUAAAGUGUGUGUGCGCAUGUGCAGUGACGAUAACCAUUGCGACGAAGAGCAGGUUUGCGACCAGCUGAGCCGACAGUGCAAAACGGCUCUACGCGGCACUUGCUCAUCCUCCUACGACUGCAGCGGCAGGGCUGGCUGCUUCCCUCAAAACGACGGUCUUGAGAACCGAUGUCUUCUGCCUGUCGGCGAACAGUGCAAGGACUCUUCAGAAUGUGUCUGGAACAGCAAGUGCGACAUAGGGCUGGAUCACAAGACCUGCCGUGGGAUGGUCAACUUCACCUGUCAAACCAGCAAUGAUUGUGCCGCAGACUUAGAAUGUGACACCAGACUGUUGGUCAGCAGGUGCAAGGCAAAACGCGGCAACCCUUGUGAGACCAACUUCGACUGCGUCACUGGGACAGCGUGCAUCAAAAACGAGUACCAAGUGCGCACGUGUGAGCGAGGCUUUAACGCCUCGUGCCAAAGUUUCACUGACUGCACGAGACCGAUGAUUUGUGAUCCGCAGACUGCCACGUGUAAGUUAAACAUCAAAGCCAAGUGUGAGACCACCUCGCAGUGCAGCACGGGAUACGUGUGCGCAGAUGUGGAGAAGGAGUGUAUACGACCCAUCAACGGGAAGUGUGGAGAUGAUCCUGAGUGUAUCCGUGGCGCCACCUGCAUGGUGAAGCAGGGCUUGGGGUUUUGUAAAGCACAGAAAGGCAUGGCAUGUUCUACAGACUUUGAUUGUGCUGAUUUACACAACCUGACAUGUGAUCCAAUGACCAAGCAGUGCCGCCGUGCUCUGGGUGGAUCGUGUGAAGUUGACAGAGACUGCAUGACAGGGUUCAGAUGUCGGGAUAACAGUUGCAGAACUGGAUGCCCCGGUUGGGCGGACGCUAUGGUAUAUGGUGGUCACUGUUAUCUUCUUCAUGCUAUCCCACGUGCCCAGGCCAGUGCGCAGGAAGACUGCGCACACCUGGGCGGACACCUGGUUGCCAUAGAAACACAAGAGGAGGACAACUUCAUCCGGGCCAUGCUGAUGUUGCAGAGCGUCCGACCGGGGUCGUUGUGGAUGGCGCUCUACUACUCUGAAGAGACGGGUUGGACCUGGUGGUACCCUUACACGUCCAGUCAAACCUCGCGGCUCUCCUUCCGUCCCCCGUGGUAUGACGGCUAUCCCUCGCACGUGGAGGACAUGAACUGUGGCUAUCUGGACACCAGCAGGGACUACGCCUGGCUAAACGCGCGCUGCAGGGAUCGUCUGCCAGGGUUUAUCUGCGAGAAAUCCGACGAAAGCCACAGCGACACUUAUUAAUUGACAAUCAGAUUAUCUGACGGACCGUUCUGGAUUUUAGUUUUCAUUGUGAAACUUGAUUUAAAGUGCGAUAAGAAUAUU